CCCUGAGGAACAGAAGCACUUGUUUUACUUUCUUCACUGCUGACUAUUAAGGUAGCAGCCAGUGAAGAUGGGUGACUGGAGUGCUUUAGGAAGGCUUCUUGACAAAGUCCAAGCCUAUUCUACAGCAGGAGGGAAGGUGUGGCUUUCUGUCCUUUUCAUUUUCAGAAUCUUGCUACUAGGGACAGCAGUGGAGUCUGCCUGGGGAGAUGAGCAAUCAGCGUUUCGAUGCAAUACCCAACAACCUGGUUGUGAGAACGUUUGCUAUGACAAAUCCUUCCCAAUCUCUCACGUGCGGUUCUGGGUCCUGCAAUUCAUUUUUGUGUCUGUGCCAACCCUCCUGUACUUGGCACAUGUCUUCUAUGUGAUGCGGAAAGAAGAAAAACUUAACAGGAAAGAAGAAGAGCUCAAGCUUGUCCAAAAUGAGGGUGUGAAUGUAGAUAUGCACCUCAAACAAAUAGAAAUUAAGAAAUUCAAGUAUGGGAUUGAAGAACACGGCAAGGUCAAAAUGCGUGGAGGACUGCUCCGCACCUACAUCAUCAGCAUCAUCUUCAAAUCUAUCUUUGAGGUGGCUUUCCUGCUCAUACAGUGGUACGUUUAUGGAUUCACCCUGCAAGCCAUUUAUACUUGCGAACGAGUGCCAUGCCCACACAAGGUGGAUUGCUUCCUGUCCCGUCCCACAGAAAAAACCAUCUUCAUUAUCUUCAUGCUGGUGGUGUCUUUAGUCUCUCUCUCCUUGAACAUCAUUGAAAUUUUUUACGUCACUUUCAAGAGCGUUAAGGAUGGCAUGAAGACAAAAAAUGAUCCUUUCUCUCCUAACAGCGGCUUGAGUCCCUCCAAGGAAUGUGGAUCCCCCAAAUAUGCAUAUUUCAAUGGUUGUUCCUCUCCAACUGCCCCUUUGUCACCCAUGUCUCCACCAGGAUACAAACUUGUCACUGGAGACAGGAACAAUUCCUCCUCUUGUCGUAACUACAAUAAACAAGCCAGUGAACAAAACUGGGCAAAUUACAGUGCUGAGCAGAACAGGAUUGGACAGGCUGGGAGCACCAUCUCCAACUCGCAUGCCCAGCCAUUUGAGUUUGCUGAUGACCCCCAGAACAGUAAGAAAAUGGAUUCUGGGCACGAGCUACAACAUCUCACUGUUGUGGACCAAAGGCCACCAAGCAGAGCCAGUAGUCGAGCCAGCAGCAGACCUCGACCUGAUGAUCUGGAAAUCUAACCCUUUGUAGCCACAGUACUUAUCACAACUAUGCUAUGAAAUGCAUUAGAAGAUGCACAUAUGAUUUCCAUGCGGUUCCAUUGGAGGUGGUACUUAAUAGUCUCAGUCAGGAGAUUUUAACAAACAUAAAAAACUUGGGGAAUUUUUUUAAAGUGGGAAGCUGGGGUGGUGUGGGGAAGUACAGCACAUGUUGGUAUUUAAAGUAGAUGAUUUAAAAAUGUUUAAAUGCUAAUUUUUUUUAAAAAAAACUUAGUCAACACUACAUUAGGGGGAUUGGGGUUUGUUAUUUGCUUUAGAAAGA